GGCAAUUACAAAAUAGCAGCCAAGAUAAGGCAGUUAGGACCUGGGACAUGGGGAGCCUGGUGUUAGAAACACAGUAAAUGAUGAUGGAGUUGGCUGUGAGGAAACUACCAGUUCUCUCCUUCUCCAAGAUUGAUGUAAAGCCACAAGAACAAAGAAGAAGAGUAUCUUUUGUAUCUUCUGCUCUACCUGAAACAGUGGCUUCAGUGGCAAUUGCUGCUACAGUAGUUGGUGCAGCAGCAACCAUUCUUGUGAGGAGAAACAAAGCUGCAGAGGCAGCUGAGGUGCCUAUGAAAGACUGUGAAGCCUGUGGUGGUUCUGGUAUAUGUCCUGAAUGCAAAGGUGAAGGCUUUGUCCUUAAGAGACUGUCAGAUGAAAGUGCUGAGCGGGCAAGAUUAGCAUCUAAGAAUGCAGCCACUCGAUACACUGCAGGUUUUUUAUUGUUUGUAAAUGGUGUCAGGCUUCCAAAGAAAUGGAGCUACUGCACAAAGUGCUCUUCUGCCCGAUCAUGCCGUACCUGCGAUGGCCGUGGAAAGAUAGUUUUGCUCUAACCAUCUUUCUUAAUUUAGUAGCGGCAUGAGAGUGUGCAUAUUUGACUUCUUACAUCUAAGAAUAUGAUCGGCUUCUAGUUGGGAAGAUUUGUAGUGAGAACUCAUUUUUUUAAUGUUUUUUAGUUGCAUAUUUGAAAGAAGGAGAAAUCAAUAGACUGAAGUGAUAAUCUCAUUUACACAGAAACGUAUCUUUUAUACAGGGAUGAUUACAAUCAGUUCCUACAAGUCAGGAACCUGUUUUCUACCUAGAUUACAUAGAAGGAAAGAUACAGCUAUUGUACAACUCGAUCUGUAUAACAAUAUGCAUUAAUACUGAAGAUAUGACAGAUUAAUUUC